AUGACGUGGCGGGAGGAGCUACGCAGUCGGCAGUUCUGGCGCGCCAUAGUUGCAGAGCUGCUCGGCACCCUGGUUUUAGUGAGCGCCGUGCUGGGUGCCUCUGUGCCGGGCCCUGGAGAGGCCCCCACGGGACCCCUGUACCCAGCAGUGGCAGUGGGUGUGGUGGUUGUUGCACUGGGACACUGUUUUGGAGAAAUAAGCGGGGCACAGGUGAACCCUGCACUGACUCUGGCUCUGCUGGCCACUCGGAGGCUGGAUGUCCUCAGGGCCGUUGUUUACAUGGCUGCACAGUGUUUGGGGGCCACUUUAGGAGCCGGGGCACUCUAUCUGGCCCUGCCAGUCAAAACGACUGCCGACCACUUUGUCAACAAGGUUCCCAUAGAGCUGAACGCAGCUCAGGCUUUGGGCAUCGAGGUUUUGUGCACCUUCCAGCUGGUCUUUACUGUGUUUUCUGUGGAGGAUCAGCGACGGAGGGAAAGUCCAGAACCAGGAAACCUGGCCAUUGGAUUAGCACACACUGCUGGAGUCCUCAUAGGGGCACGGUUCUCUGGUGCUAGUAUGAAUCCUGCACGUUCUCUGGGUCCCGCCAUCAUUACGGGCUUCUGGGAAAACCACUGGGUUUAUUGGAUCGGACCAGUGAUUGGUGCCAUACUUGCUGGGGGGUCCCAUGAGUUUUUCUUUGCACGCAGCGCUUCUCGGCAGAAGCUGGUGGCCUGUCUGACCUGUAAGGACAUCGGGAUUGUGGAGACGGCCAGCAUGACGGGAUCGUCUCUGUCCACGGUCACACAGAAUGCCAUGAGAGCCAAGCAGGCCAGCAAACAAGAAAACAACUGA